CUCUCUUCUCUCUCUCUCUCUCUCUCUCUCUCUCUCUCUCUCUCUCGUCCCCGUGACUCUGUGACGUCUCAUGAUCUGUCUCAGGCCUGCGCCCCGCCCCACCCAGCAGAGACACUCUUGCGUGUACAGAUGCCCCCCCUCUCUGAGCUCAGCGGUCUGCUAGGGGGGCAGCAGCAGCAUGACCAGCAUUAAGCGCCCCCCCACCGAUCACACGGUCGGGGGGUCCAUCCCAGCCACGGACGAGUUCUACACCCGACACCUGCGGGCGGCCAAUGGGAACGCACUACACUUGGCACGCUCUGAAGGCUCCGCCUACUCCUCCGGGGGCGUGCCCAAAAUGGGGGUGCGCGCUCGGGUAGCAGACUGGCCCCCCAGGAGAGAUGCUGGAGGGGGCAUACGACUCGUCGCCGCGGAAACGGACCCCCCCACCCUUUCCGGUGGAGGAGGAGGAGGAGGGCACAUGAGGACGACGAGCAGCGUCCUGACCAAUCAGGACGCGGUGAUGCUGCGCAGCAUCCACAACACGCUGAGGAGCCGAGCGCAGGCGCGGAGCGGGGGUUCCGCCGGGGGGUCGGACUCGCCCGACGGCCGCUUCCUCUCGGCCUCGCGCGGGACGCGCCGCAUUCGCCAGCGCAGCAACAGCGACAUCACGCUCAGCGAGCUGGACGGCAGCGGGGACAGCGGCGACGACUGGGGGUCGCCGGGGGCAACCAAGUGGUCGCCGCUGCACCGCGUCUACGGCAGCACGUCUUCCAUCGACCAGCACGCGGCGGCCGCGGCGGCCACCGGCGAGAGCUUCCUGGAGAUGCUGAAGGGCUACCAGAGCGAGGCGGCGGAGCAGCGCAGCCCCGCGGCCGAGCGCCUGGAGGAGCUGCUGCACGCCGCCGACCAGCAGGGCCUGACGGAGCUCACCGACGACGGGCCCCUGCAGCCCAGCCGCGCCCGCGACCGCGACAAACCGCCCAAGAGGCGCUCCAAGUCCGAGACCGGCGGCGAGUCGAUCUUUCGCAAACUGCGCAGUGCCCGCGGCGACGUGGACUCGCCCAGGGCCGGGUCGGACGUGGAGGACGGGCGGGGGGCCGGGGGGGUGGAGGACGGUAUGGCCAUGGGCCCUCCCCUCAGACCGUGGGUGUGCCAGAGGGGCUUCACCCACUACGACGUGCAGAGCAUCAUCUUCGACCUGAACGAGGUCAUCCAGAGUCGGCAGACGGCCGCCGCGCGCCGCAAGAACACCACCACGGGCGCCUCGGCCGCCGCCGUCGCCGCCUCCACCUCCGCCUCCUCCACCCUGUCCUCCACCCACAGCCUGCCCUACAGCUCCCCCAGUGGCAGCCAGGAGGAACUGAGCGGCCGCGACGACCCCGCUGACACCCAGAGCAACGAGCUGGUGCAGUGCUGCCCCUACUUCCGCACCGAGACCGGGGGCGACUGCAGGGUGCGCGAGGGCGAGGGCGACCCUGACGGUCUGGGGGAGUCGGGCCUCGGGGAGGGGGGCACGUACGAGUCACCUCUGACCCCGUACUGCAUGAACGCUGGCGUGGCGGUUCUGGAAGGGCAGAAAGACGGACCCAACGCCCUCAACGACCGGAACAAGCAGUACAUCAUAGAGCACGUGGACCUGGGCGCCUACUUCUACAGGAAGUACUUUACUUACCACUGGAACUACUUUGGUCUGGAUGAGGCGCUGGGACCGGUGGCCUUGACGAUCCGGCGGGAGAAGAUGGACGACCAUAAAGACCACGGCCCCCAAUAUAACUACAGGGUCAUCUUUCGCACCAGCGAGCUGACCACGCUGCGCGGCUCCAUCCUGGAGGAUGCGGUGCCGUCCGGGGCGAAGCACGGCUCGGCGCGGGGGCUCCCCCUGAAGGAGGUGCUGGAGUACCUGGUGCCCGAGCUGGACGUGCCCUGCCUCAGGCUGGCACUCAACACACCCAAGGUCACCGAGCAGCUCAUGAAGCUCGACGAGCAAGGGUUGAGUUUCCAGGUGAAGGUGGGGGUGAUGUUCUGCCGUGCGGGCCAGAGCACUGAGGAGGAGAUGUACAACAACGAGUCGGCCAGCCCCGCCCUGGAGGAGUUCCUGCAGCUGCUGGGGGAUAAGGUCCGCCUCAAGGGCUUCACCAAGUACCGCGCUCAGCUCGACACUAAGACGGAUUCCACGGGCACCCACUCCCUCUACACUUCCUACAAGGACUACGAGAUCAUGUUCCACGUGUCCACCAUGCUCCCUUACACGCCAAACAACAAGCAACAGCUACUCAGGAAGAGGCACAUCGGGAACGACAUCAUCACCAUCGUGUUCCAGGAGCCGGGAGCUCUGCCGUUCACACCCAAGAACAUCCGCUCACACUUCCAACACGUCUUCAUCAUCGUCCGCGCACACAACCCCUGCUGUGACGACACCUGCUACAGCGUGGCCGUCACCCGCUCCCGUGACGUCCCAUCGUUCGGCCCUCCUGUUCCGCGGAGCGUGACCUUCCCCAAGUCCACUGUUUUCCGGGACUUCCUGCUGGCCAAGGUGGUCAACGCAGAGAACGCCGCGCACAAGUCCGACAAGUUCCGCGCCAUGGCGACACGCACGCGCCAGGAGUACCUGCGCGACCUCGCCGAGCGCCACGUGACGGCCACGCCGGUGGAACCUGCCGGAAAGUUCCCCUUCAUCUCGCUGGCGCACCGCAAGCGCGAGCGGAGCCGGCCCUACAGCGGGGCGGAGCUCCGGGGCCCCGGGGCCCUCACCUGGUUGGUCCACGCCGAGGACCAGACGGUGGGGGCGGAGCGCGAGUGUGUGCUGGCCGUCUCCAGCGAGCUCCUGCUGCUACUGGACCGCCAGGCCAAGGUGGUGGUGUUCAGCUGCGCCGUGCGCGACGUGAUUGGCUGGUCGUCGGGAAGCCCCGCCUCCAUGAAGAUCUACUACGAGCGGGGCGAGAGCGUGUCGCUGCGCUCCAUCAACAACAACACGGAGGACUUCGGCGAGGUCGUCAAGCGGCUGGAGCUCCUGUCCAAGGGCUGCCAGACCACUGAGAUGACGCUGCGGCGGAACGCUCUGGGCCAGCUGGGUUUCCACGUCAACUUCGAGGGCAUCGUGGCGGAGGUGGAGCCGUACGGCUACGCCUGGCAGGCGGGGCUCAGGCAGGGCAGCCGAUUGGUGGAGAUCUGCAAGGUGUCAGUGGCGUCGCUCUCGCACGAGCAGAUGAUCGACCUGCUGCGCACGUCUGUCACCGUCAAGGUCGUCAUCAUCCCCCCCCACGAGGACUCCACCCCACGCAGAGGCUGCUCAGAGAUGUAUCACAUGCCGCUGGUGGACUACAAGAACCAUAAGGAGGGCAUGCCAUACGAGCUGAAGUUCCCCUUCCGGAACAACAACAGUAAGUGGCCGCGCUCGUCCGGCAGCCCGCAGCAGCCGGUCGGCUCCUCUGCCCAGAGCCGGGGUACGGGCAUGGGGGGCACCCUCAUCAAGGCCCCGGGGGCCGAGUACCCCGACCGGAGCGGGGUGAUACCGCGCAGCGUGUCAAGCGACGGACGACCCGUCAACCCCAAAAGGUAUUCUCCCGGCUCUGACAACUACGCCCUGGCAUGCUCCAUUGUGAUGGGCCGUUCCCCACACAUGCGUAGCUCCCCCAACAGCGCCCCCUAUGGGGCAGAUGGUAGCUCUGCUAGCGCUGUGCACUGGAGACAGAAGUCUAUGCCUGAGGGGUUCAAUGCCAACCGGAGCUCCCCGAUGGCGGCGGAGCGGCUGAACCUGAACGAAGUGGCGAACGGGGUGAAGGUGACGCCCUGCUGGCCGCGCGUGGUGGAUGGGGAGGCGCCCCGCGGAAACGACAGAACCCCAACAGAGCCACCGGCCUCAAAGCCCAAACCAGCCAUCAGCACCACAGACCAGCAGGAUAUAGGCUCCACCCACUCUCCCAGCAAGAACUCCAAGGCGGAGGCUCCGUACUCCAGCCAAUCAAGCAGCAACACCCUCUCAAGCACCGCCUCCAGCUCCGCCCACAGCGAUGAGAAGUGGUACGAGAUUGGCUGUCGCUCCGGGGCGGGGUCUCGGCCUGACUCAGAGCUCAAUGGCUUUGGAGGGGGCGGCGGCUACCUUCAGGGGGCGUCGACAGACAGCGGCAUCGACGCCACCUCGUACGGGGCGACCCUCACCAGUAAUGCCCCGCUCCUCCUCCCCCCUCCGGCCCCCGCUGCCCCGCGGCCCAAGGAGAAGGUCUCCUGUGGCUGGAGCGAGGGCUCGUCCGUGGGCAGGCGGGCGGCCGAGGUCCCCUCUCCCCCCACGGAGGCCUCCAUCUCCCCCGCAGACAGCCCUGAGGAGCCCCCCCCCAACUACCCCCCUGCCCUCGACUCCAGCAACUACCCCCCUGCCCCCGACUCCAGCAACUACCCCCCUGCCCCCGACUCCAGCACCUACCCCUACAGCGAUGCAGCCUCAUAUUCCAGGUACACACAUAUGCAAACACACACACACACACACACACACACACAUACACACAGACACAUAAACGGUUUCACGGCAUGCUCGUAUUUUGAUAACAUGCCUGUAUUUGAUGUAACCGAUGAUGUGUUUCCGGUCGGUGUCACCCUGAGCUCGUGUCACUUGGGCAGUCCCGUGGGUUCUGGCCCAGAGGAGCCAGCUUCCGCCCCCUCCCCCCCCUCCCACUCCCCGCUCUCCCCCGGGCCCAAGAGCUUCUACCCCCGCCAGGGCGCCACCAGCAAGUUCCUCAUCGGAUGGAGGAAGCCCGGCAGCACCAUCAACCCGGUGGACUUCGGCAACACCCGCAAGCGUCACCAAAGUGACGGGCACAUAGGCGGCCAGCCGCAGCUGCGAGCCACCAUGAGGGUGACCCACUCCCCCCAGCACAUCCCCAAAUCCAGCAUCGAGGAGGACCUGAAGAAGCUCAUCACCCUGGACAGCCCCCCGCCCGUCAGCCAGGACUUUAAGCCCUCCUUCUCCAGCUCUGCUCCUGCCCGUCGCUCUCUGCAGCGGACGCUGUCUGACGAGAGCAUCUACAGCGGGCAGCGUGACCCCGUGACCUCUGUGCCCGCUGACGGCCUCUUCAGCUGCUCCACCAUGCCCCGCUCCCCCACCGCCCGUCACGCCCCGCAGCGCCAGCCCUCCUACAACCAGGGGGCCAAGUCCCUCGGUGACCUGACGUCUCAGGAGGCGUGUGUGUUCGAGGCCGAGCUGCGGCACCCCCUCCCCGACCCCCCCCUCAUGCCGCUCCCGGACGCCGGUGCCGACCGCGGCCUGGACUGGUCCGACCUGGUGGACGCCGCCAGGGCCUUCGAAGCUCAGAAAGCCAACUUCAGCGGCAUAAACUUCCAGCAGGCGGAGCCUCAGGCUGUCCAACAGCGCCACCCCUCGCCUGGUGAGACUCCAGCCUGUCUUCUGGGGAAGGUCAGUCAGCUGGAGUCUAUGGUCAAACUGCUGCAGGAUGACCUGAAGAAGGAGAAGGAUGCCAAACUGUCCCUGCAGGGUCAGAUUCAGUCCCUGAGGGAGGACAACCAGCGUCUGCAGGAGGAGUCCCUGAACGCCUCGGCCAAGCUGAAGAAGUUCACCGAGUGGGUCUUCAACACCAUCGACAUGAACUGACAUCGCUCGGCCCUCUGGGAGAAGCACUGGCCGGCGCACCCGAGACCCAACACUGCACCCGAGACCCAACACUGCACCUGAGCACCAGUGACUCUCUCACACACCGCUCAAAGACUCUCACACACCCAGUGACUCUCUCUCACACAGCUGAAAGAGCUGUUCAGGAUUAAUGGAACACUAGCCACAGACAUGAACCAAAUCAGUGUGAAUUGCUGCAAGCGAUUCUGAAUCAUAAUGAAAUCACACAGUACGAACUGAGUCACUCCCAGUGAUUCUGAAUCAGUAUGAAUCACACAUUACCAACUGAGUCACUUCCAGUGAUUCUGAAUCAGUAUGAAUCACACAGUACGAACUGAGUCACUUCCAGUGAUUCUGAAUCAGUAUGAAUCACACAGUACGAACUGAGUCACUUCCAGUGAUUCUGAAUCAGUAUGAAUCACACAGUACCAACUGAGUCACUUCCAGUGAUUCUGAAUCAGUAUGAACCACACAGUACGAACUGAGUCGCGUUGAGUCUCGGUGAACUGCAUGCAGUCCCUCUCUCUCCGCUUCCUUGUGACGCGUAUAGCCCGUGCAUGCUGUGACGUGACCGUACUGUGACUGAAGCCUUCCUCCACACAUGAUGUCCUGAUGAGGAGAGACAAUCAGCUGUAAGGCUUCAAUCAGAUCCCCGUAAGACACUCGUGUUUUGUAACGGGGGCUUCUGCAUCUUUAUAGGUCUCUAAGAGUCUGUGUGUGUGUGUGUGUGUGUGUGUGUGUGUCUGUGUGUCUCUCUGUCUGUGUCUUUGUGUGUGUGUGUGUGUGUGUGUGUUUGAAUGGAUUCCUUCAUCUUUGAGUCCUGUCAGUCAUCUCAAGUGAAAUAUUGUGGCAGUUGUCCUCUGCACGCCAACAAUGAUGGAACCCAUUGUGUACGUACAGUAACAGGUAUGUUUUUUGUUAUGAUAAUAUAAUAUAUUAUAAUAGUGACAUGAAUGACUAAACACAUCCCCAGUACCAGUGGAUGGGAUCUGUUUUAGCCUCGGAAGGUACAAACUGGAAGACUUAACUGUGUAGCUUAAAAGACUUCCCUCUAAGCUCUCUCCUCCCUUUUGUGUUGACCAUAGAAAGAAUGUUGACAAAAUACAUUCAAUUUAUUAAAUUAUAAUCAGAAAAGACUUGGUCAUCAUCACAAUGAUUAGGGAAAGUAUAUUGUAAGUUAAAAAAAAAAGAAAAAUAUGUAUAGCAGUGGUCCGAACUUUAUUUGAAUGCCAUACAGACACAGGUCAGAAGCUAUCUAUUGAUUGUCUAACCAUUUGCUUUUUUAAUGCAAAGUUUUACAUUUUUAUUCAACAUAAAAUGUCACAUGACGGCAUUGACUGGAGUUGACCCUUGUUUAGUAUAUGAGAAGUGUGUGCUUAGCCGAGAUGAGCGGGCCGAUGAGCUCGUGGCUGUGGUGUGAGCCGUAGUGUGUGUGGUGUCGGCUCUGCCGUGAGCCACCUCUGGCCGAGGCUGCUGCAUCCUAGCCUGCUGUGAGGGGUUGUUGUACAGUGCCAUCUAGUGGUCAAGAAAGUAUGUGCAAUUUCUUUUUAUAUAUACAGUAUAUAUAGAGAGCGAGAGAGAGAAAGAAAGAAAGAAAGAAAGAAAGAAGAGAGAGUUCCUGUAUAUUCUCCAGGCCUGUGAAUCCCGUGGACAGGCUUUUCCCAUUAAAACCUGACUUUUUCCUUA